AUGGCCACCGAAGCCCCGUUGCCGGUAGCGAUGCAUAAUGUCGACGAGGGAAAAAGAUGGACCUACCUCGACAAUAUUCGCAAGACACCAGGACCAUUCAGCGAUCCUGAUGUGGCCGGAACGGAGGAGGCUUUUGAACAGUUUGACAAGAUCAAGGUCUUUGGCGCCGGAGGUCUUGGAUGUGAAAUAUUGAAGAACUUGGCCAUGUCCAAGUUUAAGGAUAUUCAUGUCAUCGAUAUGGAUACUAUCGACAUCUCGAACCUGAACCGACAAUUCCUCUUCAGAAAGUCCGACGUUGGCAAAUACAAGGCUGAGGUUGCGGCUCAGUUUGUCAUGCGUCGCGUAAAGGGUGUCAACAUUAAAGCCCAUAAUUGCGCCAUCCAAGAUUUUGGUCAGGACUUCUACAAACAAUUCCAGUUUGUCAUUUGUGGACUGGACAGCAUCGAAGCCCGCAGAUGGAUCAACGCAACCCUCGUACAGAUUGCCGAAGAAGGCGAGGACCCGGAUUCGUUGAUUCCCAUGAUUGAUGGAGGCACAGAGGGAUUCAAGGGCCAGGCCCGAGUCAUCGUCCCUUCGAUCACGUCUUGUAUCGAAUGCCAACUGGACAUGCACGCACCGAGAGCCGCUGUUCCUCUCUGCACAAUCGCCUCAAUUCCCCGACAACCAGAGCACUGCAUUGAAUGGGCACACGUAAUCGCCUGGGACCAGGAGAAGCCGUUCCCAAAGCUGGACAAGGACGACACUACACAUGUGUCCUGGCUGUACCAAAAGGCUCUUACCCGUGCUCAAGAGUUCAACAUCACGGGUGUCACUUACGCCUUGACUCAAGGAGUCAUCAAGAACAUCAUUCCCGCCAUUGCGUCUACAAACGCUAUAAUCGCGGCAGCAUGCUGUAACGAAGCCUUCAAGCUCGCCAGCUCGGCCGCGCCGACGCUUGGAAUGGAGGAGAACUACAUGAUGUAUUCUGGAAAUGACAGCAUCUACACAUACACCUUCAAGCACGAGAAGAAGGACGACUGCCCCGUCUGUGGACAAGAGUCGCGGCCACUCGAGGUCGACCCCGACAGCACACUCCAGGACCUUGUGGACUCAUUCGCUGUCCGUCCCGAAGCGCAGUUGAAGAAGCCUUCAUUCAGAGCCGCAAACAAGACUCUGUACAUGCAGUUCCCGCCGAGUCUGGAGGAAAAGACACGGGCCAACCUUGAAAAGACCAUCAAGGAGCUCGAGCUGGAAGAUGGACAAAACAUCAUUGUCACGGACCCAGCUUUCCCUCUGGAAUUCAAUUUCUACUUGCGAUUCAAGGAGACUGCAUAG